GCCACUCUAGACCGCGGGGAGUUCACCAGGUGAGCCCCGCCCGGAUGCUGGGCCCGGCCCGGGCUCCCGCUGCCGGCUCCGCUAGGCCAGAGCGAGGGACCCGGAGGAGGCCCCUGUCUACCUGCCGGCCCCUCGGCUCUGCUGACGAUUCACAGGACCUUAGCUGCACUCUGGCGCUGCUGCCCUUUUCCAGGACUCUCAAUGGCAGGAUACCAGCUCUGGUCACCAUGGACCCCACUGGAUGAGAGCUUCCAAUGGCUGCGGCACACAACGCCCACUCCGUCCUCCAAGCACCCCUUCAGGGCCUCCCCCCAUUUCCCACACACCCCUUCUGACCUAGAAGUUCAGCUGUGUUUCCAAGAAGUCACUCUCGUCCUCGACAGCCCAUUCCUGGAUACUGGAGUGAGUCCCAAGCUACCCUAUCACACAUCGGAGCUUCGAAGCAUGAUCCACAAGAAAGGACUGGUUAGGAAGCCUCAGCCCAUCCGCCUCAGUGGAGUGGAUUCUGUCUUCGGCAGGGUCAUCACGGCUCAGCCACCCAAGUGGACUGGGAGCUUCAGAGUUUCUGAGAAGUCAGCCUUCUGCAAAAUCAUCAGCAAGGAGCAUCAGUGGCCCACUGGACUCAAGGAGCCUCAGAUCCAGAUGACAGUGACAAUGUGCAAACAGAUGCUGCGCUCCAUCCUCUUGCUGUAUGCAACCUACAAGAAGUGCACCUUUGCCCUGCAGCACUCCAGGUAGAGGGUGCUGCUGCCCGAGCCCCAGCUCUGAGGCAGAACUCAGCUCACAAGAGCCUGUCCACAUAAGCCACAGUGACAAUGCCCCUGCUGUUUCACUUUUCUGUCAAGCAGUGACAACAGAGAAGCCCCUUUCCUCCUGUUCUCUCCAAGAGGGCCAGUGACAGGGUGAGGGGGACACUUCCACUGUAGAGCUGAACAACCACUGAGAGUCUAACCAGUGAGGACUGGUACAUAUGAUGAAAACCAUUAAACCACAUAAACUACUGA